AUGUCAGCGCUAUUCGACGAUGCCGAGAGGUUUGAUUCACUCAUCGUUGUGGGUGACACUGUACGGCGCGUGAAAGACGCCACAGAAGAGCAUGUUGGCCCAGGAGCAUACAGUCCGAGCAUGGCCAAGUCCAAGGAUUUCGGCCACAUCGGCGUGUCCACUUCCAGACGAUCCAACAUGGAUCCUCCGCUAUCUCCAAGAAGUACGGAACACCAGAGGCACGCGACCGGUUCUGUUGUCCGCGACGGGGUCUGGUUCCACCCCUCUCCGUUCCUGGCCGCGGGGCCGGGUCCCGGCGCUUACUCGCCGUCCAUCAUAUCGAGCGACCACGAGCGGGGAAGGACGGCCAAGCCCUCUUCCGGGGCGGUCGGCCGACAGGCUUGGGACCUCAGGGGCAGCGCCGGCGGCACACCCCUAUCGAACUUCCGAAACGGCUUCUCGGUGUCGUCCUCCAUGGGAACGACCCCUCGCAUGGUUGACUUCGCUCAAGUCGCGCUUCGCGACGGGGUGCUCCUUCUUCGUAGCGCCAACGACGGCCACCGUUCCAACGGCAUAGGUCCCGGAGAAUAUCACGGCGUCAGCAACGGCCAGGACCCCAUGACGAAACGUUCCUACAACAUGAGGGCGCAGAGCAGCCAAAUCCGGAGGGAGCGCUCCCUCAGCUUCAGCGGAACGUCGUCCACGGCGAAAGCGUUCCUGUCACUGGCGUCUUCGAUGGCCAGAACAGCCCCUACACGCUCCAACAAAGAGGCGGCGAGCUGCCGCCCCGACCUCCACCUUCUCGGCCGCAACACCUACCCCGCGCCGGGAGGAGUGGGCGGGAGGGGAGGGGACGGACGGAGCACGUCCCCGGGGAAGGAGAGGCGCACCGACACAGGCUCGCGCAGCCUCUCUCCGAAGGCGAACCGCGGCCGCUCCGGGUUCGCAAUCCGCGGGGCCGCCGGUGGGCGGUACGGCCGUGGCGAUGGCAUCGGUGGCGUCGGCCACGGUCCCGCCACUUUUCACCCUAUUUCUCAGCAGCAGCAGCAGCAACAGCAGCAGCAGGGGCGCGGUCGCCAGGCACGGACGACAAGCAGUGGGGCGAGCAGGGAGUGUCGUUCCCUGUCACCGCGUGGCCGUGACAGCGGCGGGAGGCCGGUCGGCGGUGGGAGGGCAUCACCCCCACUCCGCGCUGAACAUGGUUCAUCCCGGCGGAAAAACGCCACCUCCGUCAGCAUUAGCGCCCCCUCUUCCCCCCGCAACUCCCGCCGAAGCACUGCAAAGAAGUACGCGUCAACAACCGGUGGCAUCACUGGGGCUGUAGGCGGUGGCAAUGGCGGGAGCAAUGGCAGCGACGCCUCCUACACGUUCGACUACUUCGGGCUGGCGGGCCAGAGGGGGGUGUGGCGAGGAUUAGAGGCGGUCUCGGCGGCCCGUGCGGAGGUGGGAAUCGAGGCGACGAAGGACAAUGACGACGGCCAUAACAGCAACAAGCAGGCGUCGGCUACGGGUAGUCGGGGGGGAAACGAGGCACAAAGCGCAGCGGGAGAAACUGAGUCGGAGAGCGGACGCGGGCGCGGAGCAGGCGGCGGCGGGGCGAGGGGACGGAGAGGGGAGCCAGGGUCUCUGCUGCCGGAGAGAGUGCCGGCGAAAGGGGUGUGUUCCCCUCCGAAAGAGACUCGCGACGAUCUGCACACGUACUACGCCGCAGUAAAUCGCACCACGGCCGCCCUCGACAGCACCAGCGGCUCGAACUUGCCCCCUCCCCCAUCCCCCCGCGCCCUACGGUAA